UCUUAAUAGAACUGUUUUAGCAAAACAAUAAUAAAGUCUACUUUAAUUUCGAUACCAGAUGGCAGCACUACAGACGUUGUUAUAGCAACGGUUUUCCAAUCUUUAAACAAAUUUGAUUAUCUCACUUGUUUAAUGUUUAAUUUAUACAAUAAAGGACGAGUGUAAAUGGUUGGGAGUCAAAGUGGCAAGUCUAUAACCUCGUCUUUAAACAGUGGAGGUACACGAUCAAGUAAAUCACGUUAUCACAUUGUCAGUCAUCAAUCUGAAGUGGAUGAAUCGCUUUUUGGUACACCAGAAAAGGUGAAGAUAGCAAGUCAUCCAUCAACUGCUUUUAACAUGAGGAAAGAAAAGGAUUCAGCUGUGCAAGUCAUUACAAAAGAUUUGAUAAGACAUUUAGUAAUCCCAAAGAAUGAAUCCAAAACUAAAUCUGUAAUUCUAGCAGAGAGGGAGUUGGAGCGAAUUCGAUCAGCCUCUAGAGUACUUAGUAAAGAAGAUCAGGACAGAAUGUUGGAGAUGUCAAGCAAGGAGAAAGAAGCCUUAAAGGAAGCAGCUGAAAAACGCAAGAAAAUACUUCAGAAUCUAGACCUUCAAAGACAACAGAAUGAAAAGCUCGAUGACUUCGAGGAAGAAGCUCACAUCAGAGCCCAAUAUCUUUUACAACAAGCCAAUCAACAACGUCAAGAGCAAGAAGAUGAAAUCAAACACUUAAAUGAACUUAUACUGAAUGCCAAAUGUCAAACAAUAAGAGAUUCUCAGAUUCUGGAAAAACAACAAAUAAAAAAAGAACUAGAAAAAGUAGAAAAUAUUUUGGAUGAGUUGAUGGAAAAAGAACGGCAAAAUUCUCUUCACCAUCAACAAGAAGUAGAGAAAAAACAGAAAGAUGAAAGACGAAGACAUGCACUGAUGAUUCAAGAGCAGAUUAGAGAAAAUGAACAAAAAAGGAUAAUGGAAGAAGAGAGAAAAGAACAAGAAGGCUAUCAGAUGCUUAAGAAAUUAGAAGAGCAACAACUUGAAGAAUUUCAAAAUAUAUUAGAGAAGAAAAAACAACAGGACAACCUCAUGAAAAGUCUUCUGCAUGAGAAUGAGGAACUCAUUAAGCGAAAGGCACUUGAAAAGGAGAGAGAACAGAUGGAGGAUCUUCGAGUGACUGAGUACAUGCGUCAGAAAGCUGUAAGACAGAUCUGUUUUAUAUUUUACUGCCAGGAAAAAGAAGCAGCAAGAGAAGAAGAUCAGAAAAGACAACGUAAGGCAAAAGAAUUGGAAAUCGCAAGGCUGAGAAAACAACAAGAAAAGGAGAAAGAUCAAGAAGCUGACAGAGAUGCCUUACGAGCACGUAGAAACCAAGAGCAAGUGGAGAGAGAAUGGAGAAGAAAGGAGAAGGAGGAAGUUUUAAAGAAGAAGGAAGUGGAAGAAAUGUUAAGGAAAUCAAGAGAAGAACAGGUUUUAUACCAACGGAACUUUCUGGCAGUUGAAGCUGAAAGACAACGCAUCGAGUUUGAAAAGCAGCUCAGGGCUCAGAUGAAAGCUAUAGAAAAGGAAAAAGAAGAAGAAGAGAAACAGUGUCAGAGAAACCUUCAAUAUGCCGAGGAACUGAGGAAGCAGAUUUUACAGCAAGAAAAGGAGCGUUUUUUACAAAGGAAACAACAAUCUGAAGAAAGUACGAAACAAGAAGAAACAACAAAGAAAAGAAAAGCUGAUUUAGAAGAAGUCAAAAGGAGGAAACUUCAACAACUCAGGGAUUAUAACGUACCUGAAAAAUACUUGAAGGAAAUUGAACAGAAGGCACAACGAUCCAUCAAACCCUAUUAA